AUGGCUGCAAUUGGAUUACAUAUCUGUGAUACUAAUAAAAGAUAUUAUGUAAUAGACAAACAUCCAAAUGGGUCACUUGGAUCAACUUAUUUAGCUGAAAUAUUAGUUGAUCAAGAAAGAAUCGAAGGAGGAAGAAGAGUAGCACUGAAAAAGAAAUAAUUCCUUAGCAUUUAUGAAUAAAAACAAUUUACUCAUGAAAUACUUAGAUUGUUGAGAGAAAAUGCAGCAUUCUAGCUGAGACAUCCAAAUAUUUUGGAAAUUUAAGAUGCCCAUCUAAAUUACUAAAAUGAAUUUGUAAUUGUUAGUGAGCUGGCAGACUCUAAUUUAGAAGAAUAUAUAAAAAGGAAAUUGAACGAUGAGAACAAAUCAUUAAAUAUUUCUGAAGUUGCUUUUAUCAUGCUCCAAUUACUCGAAGGAUUAGAGUUUAUCCAUAAUAGCGGCUUUAUUCAUAGAGAUAUAAGACCAGAUAAUUUAUUUGUUUUUAAUGAUGGCAUAAUAAAAAUCGGUAAUUUUGAUUCUGAUUUUUCCGAGUGGCAUUCUUAACUUGAUAAGAAAUAAGGAUAUAUGGCACCAGAAGUUAAACUAGGCUAACAAUAUCAUAAUAAGGUUGAUAUUUGGUCUCUUGGAAUUGUAUUCUACUAUCUAAUGACAGGAACAAGUAAAAUUAAAUAAGGGGGAAGAAUAAUAGAUAUUAACAGAGAACUUUCUAAUCCUCAUAAUCAAUAUUUGAAAAUAUGA